AUGCUGGAGGUCCCUCUGGCGGAAAUUGGACAAUCGCCGCAGUACUUCCUACCGCACCAUGCUGUGUUACGACCGGAUAGCUCUACGACCAAGUUGCGAACUGUAUUCGAUGCCUCAUGCAAAUCUCAAUCCGGAAUUUCUCUCAACGAUGUGCUUUUAGCGGGACCGACGAUUCAAGAUUCACUGAUAUCGAUCGUUAUGCGAUUCCGGAUGCAUGCCUAUGUCGUUAGUGCAGAUAUCGCGAAAAUGUACCGUCAAAUUUUGGUACACCCGAACGAUCAAGCCCUGCAAAGAAUAUACUGGCGAGACAGCAAGGAUUUGCCACUGAAAAUGUUCCAGCUCCGAACGGUGACCUACGGGACGAAUAGCGCAUCGUUUCUCGCCACCCGUGUUUUACAGCAACUUGCAGAAGACGAAGAAGUGAAUUUCCCACUUGCUGCUCCAGUAGUCCGCAAGGACUUUUAUAUGGACGAUUUGCUCACUGGAUCGAACGACCUCAUUACUCUGAAAAACGUGUGCGUUCAAGUUAUCGCUAUGCUCGACUCUGCUGGGUUUCCUCUUCGUAAGUUCUCGUCAAAUUCUCAGGAAAUUAUUGAUCUCGUUCCCGAAGCACUCCGAGAAACAAAACCCUCACUCGAGUUUGACAGCCACUCAUCAAUAAAUACACUCGGACUGAUUUGGGAACCGUCGACUGACUUUCUCAGCUAUAAAAUUCCUGAUUGGCCGCCAGUAGAAGCGUACACGAAACGCACCGUUCUUUCUCGGAUGUCGAGUCUGUUUGAUCCGCUUGGCCUGCUUAGUCCAAUUGUCGUGAAGGCCAAGAUUUUCAUGCAGACGUUGUGGAAGACAACAUUGUCCUGGGACACCAGGCUGCCCAGCACUUAUCGACAAGCCUGGGAAGAAGUGCAGAAUCAGAUUCCCCAAUUAAAGGAUCUACGAAUACCUCGUCAUGUUCUUUCACUCCGGAAACCUCAAGCAGUCGAAAUGCAUGGAUUUAGCGACGCAUCGGAACAGGCAUAUGGAGCCUGUGUCUAUAUCCGCUCCAUUGCCGAGGACGGCUAUUGCACAGUUCGUCUUGUCGCGGCAAAGUCACGAAUAGCUCCGUUGGAGGUCAAGUCCAUCGCCCGCCUCGAACUCUGCGCAGCUCUUCUUUUAGCCAAUCUCGUGCACUUGGUUGCAGAAACUAUCAACUACCAAGGCAAGGUGUUGCUUUGGACUGAUUCGUCGAUUGUGCUGCACUGGCUUGCUUCAACACCCUCGUCAUGGCAAACAUUUGUGGCGAACCGUGUUGCGGAAAUACAACGUCUCACCACCAACGCAUUUUGGAAGCACGUUCCCAGUUGUGACAACCCCGCUGAUCUAAUCUCUCGUGGAAUGAACGUGAAUGACUUCUACAACAGUUACUUGUGGUGGAACGGCCCUCCCUGGAUAGCAACCAUCAAUCAACCUUGGCCAGAAUCCAUCCAAAUUCCCGCGCGACAUUCGCUUUCCGAAGAAGUUUUGGAAGUUCGGAAGCAGGUUUUUCAUGUAGCGAUGGCCAAUGGCGAUCUCGUGAAACGCUAUUCGUCCUACACGCAACUAUUGCGGAUCGGAUCACUCUGUCGACGGUUCGCCAACAAUAGUUCUACAAGUAAGGGUUCUCACUUCGGACCGAUCUCCAACCUUGAAAUGCGUGAAACCAUGAUGUCACUCGUGCGGGCGAUUCAAAGUGAGUUCUUUGCGAAGGAAAUAGUGGCUCUCUCCGCAGGCCAACAUGUACCUAAAUCUUCUAGCCUGCGGUUUCUUCAUCCAAGCAUCCAGAAUGGCCUGAUUCGAGUCGGUGGCCGAUUAGAACACGCCGAAAUCGACUCCGACAGAAAACAUCCGUUGGUGCUUCCCGAAAGGCAUCCGUUCACGUUACUUGUCGCCGAGUCAAUCCACCGACGAACCAUGCACGGGGGACCACAACUUACUUUGGCAAUUAUGAAGCACGAAUUUUGGCCUUUGCGUGGUCGAAACUUGGUGCGCCGUGUGGUUCAUAGCUGCGUUACUUGCGCUAAGGCCAAGCCCAGGAUCAUCGAGCAGCUUAUGGGUCAGCUGCCACCAGAGAGGGUCAACCGAGCAUAUCCCUUUCAGUACGUUGGAGUGGACUUUGCAGGGCCAGUCUAUCUUAAACCAGCCACUCGUAAAGGAGCGCCUAUAAAGGCAUAUGUUGCGGUGUUCGUCUGCUUAGCGGUCAAGGCAGCGCAUCUUGAGCUAGUGUCGGACCUCACAUCGGCCGCCUUCAUCGCGGCACUCCGUCGCUUCAUCGCGCGCAGAGGGUUACCGAGCACCAUCUUCUGUGACAAUGCGACGAAUUUCACUGCUGCCCAACGCGAACUUAAAGAGCUUCGCCAGUUGUUUCUGUCACAGCAACACAGGGAUGCUGUACUACUCGAAGCCAGCACCCAUGCAAUCACCUUUCACUUCAUACCUCCACAAGCUCCGACGUUCGGUGGUUUAUGGGAAGCCUGCGUCAAAUCCUUCAAGCAUCAUCUUCGCAGAGUAGUUGGGAACAGUCAUCUCUCGUUUGAAGCUUUCUCUACAGUUCUCGCGCAGAUCGAGGCUUGCCUUAAUUCACGGCCAAUUACACCAAUGUCUGCCGAUCCGAACGAUGUGGAAGCACUUACUCCUGGACACUUCCUUGUCGGGCGUCCGCUUUUGGCAGUCCCAGAACCCGAUUUAGACCACAUCCCCGAAAAUCGGCUCGAUCUUUGGCAGAAAAUGCAGCGCCUUACUCAACAUUUCUGGAAGCGAUGGCACAACGAGUACCUGUCUACAUUGCAGCUCCGUUACAAGUGGUCCACGGUGAAUCAAAAUUUGCUGACAGGAUCGAUCGUAUUAGUACGUGAUGACAACCUCCCUGUCGGAAAAUGGUCGAUGGGAAGAGUGCUUGCUGUUCACUUCGGCGAUGACGACUUAGUCCGAGUUGCUACUGUGAAGGUUCCUGGGGUUGCCAAACCCAUAACACGUCCAAUUACUAAGCUUUGCUAUCUGCCCAUCGAGGUCGAUCCAGCAACCAUCGAACCAGAUUCGUCGUCAACGCACAACCGGGACGUGCCUUCCGCAGUGUCGGAAACUCAAUCAGCUGGAGCUGGUCGAUAG